UCUUCUGUUACUUCGCUUCUCUCUGUUUUCCCGUCACAUGGAAGCUAACCCGGCUAACUCAAAAGUCACCAUGGACGUGAGCCGGUCCACACCGGGGCGGAGACGCGGUGUCGCCGGACAACGAUAACACCUGUUUGGACCCCCCCUCCAACCACCACCACCCCCUCUCUCGGUCCAGCCUGUCCGGUUAUCGAGUGACGUCGUCGGUUAUCUCUGAGACUUUUGCCCCUGUCUCCCGCCGCGGCUCCGUGCUAGCAUAACAGCUAACUAGCCGGUUAUAAAGCAACCGACGGACUCACCGACCGGACGGACAUGCGCAAUGGCGUCGGUUCGGGUCGCGGUUCGGGUCCGACCCAUGAACAGAAGGGAGAAGGACUUGACCGCAAAAUGCAUCAUCAAGAUGGAUGCCACCAAAACCUCCAUCACCAACCUGAAGAUCCCCGACGGCAUCGGAGCAGAUUCCACGCGCGAUCGCACCAAAACGUUCACGUACGACUUCUCCUACGACUCCACGGACUGCAAGAGCUCCUCCUUCGUCUCCCAGGAGAAGGUUUUCAAAGACCUGGGCUCCGACGUGCUGCGGGCGGCGUUCGAGGGCUACAACGCCUGCGUCUUCGCCUACGGUCAGACCGGCUCGGGGAAGUCCUACACCAUGAUGGGAAAUCCAGGGGACGCAGGUCUGAUCCCGAGGUUCUGUGAAGGCUUGUUCAGUCGUAUCGCCGCGGCAACUCGGUGGGACGAAGCUUCGUUUCGCACGGAAGUCAGCUACCUGGAGAUCUACAACGAGCGGGUCAGAGACCUGCUGAGGAGGAAGUCCUCCCAGACCUACAACCUGCGGGUCCGGGAGCACCCCAAGGACGGGCCGUACGUGGAGGAUCUGUCCAAACACCUGGUGCAGAACUACAGCGACGUGGAGGAGCUGAUGGAGGCCGGGAACAUCAACCGCACCACGGCCAGCACCGACAUGAACGACGUCAGCAGCCGCUCGCACGCCAUCUUCACCAUCAACUUCACGCAGGCUAAGUUUGAUGCCGAGAUGCCCAGUGAGACGGUCAGUAAGAUCCACCUGGUCGAUCUGGCCGGCAGCGAGCGAGCCGACGCCACCGGAGCGACCGGCGUGCGCCUGAAGGAAGGCGGGAACAUCAACAAGUCGCUGGUUACCCUCGGCAACGUCAUCUCUGCUCUCGCCGACAUGACGCAGGACGGCGUGAACACCAACCUGAGGAGGAAGGCGGUGUUCGUGCCCUACAGAGACUCCGUGCUCACCUGGCUGCUGAAGGACAGCCUGGGGGGAAACUCCAAGACCAUCAUGGUCGCCACCGUCUCCCCCGCCGACGUGAACUACGGCGAGACGCUCAGCACCCUGCGCUACGCCAACCGAGCCAAGAACAUCAUCAACAAGCCGACCAUCAACGAGGACGGCAACGUGCGGCUCAUCCGCGAGCUGCGGGACGAGAUCGUCCGCCUGAGGGCUCUGCUGAUCCAGGGCAACCAGAUCGCUCUCCUGGACUCGCCCACGGCUCUGAGCAUGGAGGAGAAGCUGCACCAGAACGAAGCCAGAGUCCUGGAGCUGACGAAGGAGUGGACCAACAAGUGGAACGAGACGCAGAACAUUCUCAAGGAGGAGACUCUGGCUCUGAGGAAAGAGGGGAUCGGCGUCGUGUUGGACUCCGAGCUGCCUCACCUCAUCGGCAUCGACGACGACCUCCUCAGCACCGGCAUCAUCCUGUACCACCUAAAGGAGGGCCGGACGUACGUGGGCCGAGAGGACGCGUCCACACAGCACGACAUCAUCCUGCACGGUCUGGACCUGGAGAGUGAACACUGCGUGUUUGAGAACCAGAACGGUAAAGUGACCCUGGUGCCGCUCGGCGGGGCUCAGUGCUCCGUGAACGGGGUUCAGCUGAGGGAGUCGUCGCAGCUCAACCAAGGUGCCGUCAUCCUGCUCGGCAGGACCAACAUGUUUCGGUUCAACCAUCCGAAGGAGGCGGCCAAGCUGAGGGAGAAGCGGAAGAGUGGCCUGCUCUCUACAUUCAGCCUCUCCAUGACGGAUCUGUCCAAGUCCUGUGAUAGCCUGUCCACCGUGAUGCUCUACAACCCCGGGCUGGAGUUUGAGAGACAGCAGAGAGAAGAGCUGGAAAAACUGGAGCUGAAACGGCGGCUGAUCAACGAGAUGGAGGAAAAGCACCAGAGUGAGAAGGCCGAGCUGGAGCGCCUCCAGCUGGAGGUGGAGAGUCAGCGCAAGGAGUCCGAGGAGGUGCAGCAGCGGAUCCUCCACCAGGAGGAGAGCCUCCGGCGGCGCAGCCAGGACAUCGAGAGCCGCCUGAGGGACUUCCUGGCCGAGAAGGAGCGCUUCGAGGAGGAGAGGCGCUCGGAGGUCCACGUGGGGAAACCUCUGCAGGAGGAGGAGGAAGAGGAGGAGGAGGAAGCGGAGCAGCGGCGGCAGCAGGAGGCCGCCGAGCAGACGGAGAUCUACCGCGAGCUGGAGAGGCUGAAGAGGGAGCGCGAGGAGCAGAAGGUCCGCCUGGAGGCGGAGCGGCGGCGGCUGGAGGAGCAGGAGCAGGAGCAGCUGAGCCUGGUGGGGCGGCUGGAGGAGCAGCUGAGGGAGAAACGCGAGGCCGCCGCCUCCCUGCUGACCCGGGAGGACGCCGGGCGCCUGGAGGAGGAGCGCCGCGCCCUGGCGGAGAUCCGAGAGGCGCUCCUCCGCGCCAAAGAGGCCGCCGAGCGGCCGGAUGUGGAGGACGCCGGCGAGGAGGCGCGGGCCGCCCAGGCGCGCUACAUGGACUUCAAGGAGGCGCAGGUGAAGGAGCUGGGCCAGCUGGAGGAGGGGCUCCGGCAGCAGAGGGGGCGCCUGGAGAAGGAGGUCGCCGGCGAGCGCGGCGCCCUGCUGCGCCUCACCCGCGGCCUCAAGGAGCGCCGGCAGCGGCUGAAGGAGGCGCAGGACCGGGGGGCGCAGGACGCCACGGCCGCGUGCCAGGAGGAGCAGCUGGUCAAACAGGCGGAGCAGCGCCUGCAGUUCAAGGAGCGCCAGCUGGCCGGCGUGGCCGGCGGGCUCCUCCCCGCGCUCGCCGAGGAGAAGCAGCGCGCGGAGGAGGUGCUGGAGCGCGGCGGCGGGCGCCCGCCGGGCCUCGACAACACGCUGUUCCAGGUGGAGAAGGAGCUGGAGGACAAGGAGGAGAAGCUGCACCUCCACUGGCACGGCGCCCAGCAGCUGCAGCAGCUGCAGGAGACGUACGAGUUCACGGCCAACGUGGCGCGGCAGGAGGAGAAGGUGAGGCGCAAGGAGACGGAGAUCCUGGAGGCCCAGGAGAAGCAGCAGCGCGAGGCCAUGGAGCAGGCGGUGGCGCGGCUGGAGAGGAGGCGCGCGGCGCUGGAGCAGCGGCGAGGAGCGGAGGAGCGGGAGCUCGCUCGCCAAGGACCCGAGGGCGGGCUGCCGGUCGGCGCCUCUCGUAGUUAUUCAAACUUUGAUCCUCCUCAAGAUGGCGAGGAGAGGUGUUUAAAUCUUUCUCUCUCUAGAGUCGAGCAGGAGAUCCAGAAGCUGAGGAGGAGGCUCAGCGGAGGAGGAGGAGGAGGAGGAGGCGACAACAGGACGCGAGGCGUCGGCCAAGAGGAGGAGAAGACGCCGCUGUCGGACGACCGGAUCAACGCGUACAUCGAGGAGGAGGUGCAGCGGAGGCUGCGUCAGAUUAAUCUCCUCAACGGCGGCAACUCAGAUCUCUCUCUGUCCUGUGACUCGCUGCAGGAGGAGGAGGAGGAGGAAGCUUGUGACUGUAGCUCUGUUAGAUUACCGGACCAGGAUGAUGAAAAGCUACAAAUCAUUAAUCCAAGGAGGCUUAAAUAUGAGAGGGCCUGCGGGUUGCGGUCUAGCUUGCCGCCGCCUGCCCCGAUCCUCGAGGCAAAAUCUGCUCUUCGCAUCCAGGAAAACAUGUCGGAAAAACCAGAUUACAACCUGUUAAAGAUUCACGGAGAAGAAAAAGUAGAAUACGCAGCUAAAGUUUUGAGUGAAAAAGAGGAAGUGCCUUACAAAGAGGGUGGACAAAACGAUGGGCGGCCUAGAGGAGCGAGUAUCCCUCCGGGAGAGGUGGGCAGAGACGUUUGCGAACUUGAACACGAGAUGUGUGGCACCUCUGGAAACCCCGACGCCAACGGGAAUGAUGAAAACGAGAAUAUCGCCCGUGAAAGAAGAACCGAUUCUGCCUGCUGUGCUCCUGAUGAUGAAGAUAAACAGGUUGAAGGUGCAGCAGGCAAACAGCAAACAUGUGACCCAGAGACGGAAAAAGACGCAGAACUUUCCAAUGAUCACCCGUCAAAGCUGCAGAACUUUGCCAAUGGUUGGUUCAAUUUCAACCGGGAGUCGAAGGAAUCCGUUAACGGUCCGAUGAAACGAGAGAAAGACACCGAAACGGAUCAAUCGGCGGCCAACAGAAGUUUUUCUUUGGGGUAUUUCACUGGAAAGCUGUACGACGCGUGCAAAGACGCUGGCCGGAAGCUGCAGGGCACUCGGGACAUCAUUCAGAACGUCGGCGUGGGCGAUGCGAAGGUUGUGCUCUCUCAGUACGUGGCCAUGAUGUCCCAGGAGCUGCCGCUGAUCCAUCAGACGCGGCUUCAACCGGAGCCAGAACCUCGCAACCUCGCGGGAGACGAGGUCGCGUUGGGCGACCCCUCAAAAGAUUCCGCCCUUCGUCUUCCUCAGAACUGGGCGGCGUCUUCGAUCCCGGGCGUCGCCGGAUGCCCCGAAGGAUCGGUGUCGUCUCUCAGAGGCGCUUGUCCCGAAGUGUUCCGUCAGACGCUGGUCCGGUUCCCGCCGGCCUUGUCUCGGCUGCAGUCCCUUUCGUCCGGGGAGUUGCUGGAAAAGUUGGAAUCUCUGAGCCCUGGAGCCAAAGCCAACGAGCCGGCGAGCGUCUUCUGGCUCCAGACUGCCGGCGUUAAGCGGCCGAUCCCAAAUCCCGGGUGCCUGCUGUUGUCGGGGAAGGACAUCGUCGUGCUGUCAAGUGGAACCGAUUCGGGUGACACCGUAGAGAUUCGGCACUGCGUUGAUCUCCUGGAAAUCAAGACGGUCCAGAUUGGCUUGGCGGGGCAGCACGUCCGCCUCCUCGGCAGCAGCGGAGAACCCGUCCUGGUGGUUUUUACCCACAGCAAGGAGCUCACUCAGGAGUUCUGCUCGGCGUUACUGAAGCUUCUUUCUCCCGAGAGGCUCCCCGAGGGGCCCGGAGAUCACCCGCUGCUCUCCGGGGACCUGGCGGCGCUCUCUCUGGAUUGGACGUCGAGCGUUCCCGACAUCGUGCUGGACGGCGGCCUCGUCGUCGGCUGCCGAUUCAAGCGGGUCCUCGCGGACCUGCUCUACAUCGUCCACGGCAACAUGGAGGGUCCCGGCAGCCCGUCUCUGGCACACGUGCGUCCUCUGCUCUACGCCAGCGUCGAGGUCGAGACCUCCGGCGGCGCCGUCUCCCAGUUCCUCCUGACGGACACUCACGUGGCUCUUCUCCGGGAGGACGCCGUCUUCCACCCGGCGCCGCGGGGCUCCAGCCUGGUGCCCGUCCGGCCCCAGUUUCUGGGACUGGAACUCCGCCGGCGCUCGGACAUCGGAUGCCUGGUCGCGAGGACGGCCGGCAACUGCUUCGUGGUCGAGAUCACGUUCGCAACCCGCCGACCGACGAGGGAGUCCGGGCGACGCUCGGCCGACGUGUCCUCCGUCUCCGAUCGCGGUCGUCGGAGCGAUUCCUGGAACUUGACUUUUGGUUGUACCUCCGAAGCCGUGAUCGCGAUCAACCACCUGUCUACCUGAGUCACUCAGCGAGAGGCCGGUUGACCUGGGCUCAACCAAAAAUACAAGAUACUUACCUGAGAGGAAGAAUGAAAGAAAGAGAGAAGUAAUUUUAAACUAUAUUUAUAUAUAUGUGUAUGAUCACAUCUCAUUUGUUUUAGGGUGUUUGCCGUUUCAUGAAAAUAAGUUUGAGGUCGUGUCUUAAAAGGCGAUUCAUCUUCCUACCAAAGGCAAAUUCACACAUCUGCGUAGUUUGAAUGUCGUCAUAAUAAAUGAAUGAUCAACUUUUUCUAUGUAUUUCUAAAAGUUGAAGCGCUUGCUGACUGAUUUGGUUUAAAGGGGGAAUGAUGAUGUCACUGAUUUGCCGUUUGAUCAAAACGAGCUUCCAUUUUGAUUGAAUGUUUUGAAGAAAAUGAAAGGAUGUCAUGUGGAGUGAUUGCAGAAAACAUACGAUUUAUAUGUAUUAAAGUAAUGUUGAAUGUGUCUUAAAAUGUAAGAACAUGUUAAUUAUGUUGACGAGAUAAUAAAGAUUUAAUUUUCUAUGAUUCAUAGUGA